AUGGGGAAAUCUGGAGGUAGGAAGAAGAAGGGUGGCGUUGUCAAUCAAAAUCAAAACCCUAGUCAAACCGAGAGUCAAGUGUCGGGAGUUAACACCAAACCGUCAUCAAUGACACCUAAUGGCGGUGUUGGUAUUGAUUUGGAUCCAACUAUUUUCUUAAAAAGAGCUCACGAGCUUAAAGAAGAAGGCAACAAGAGGUUUCAAUCAAGAGACUUCGUGGGUGCACUUGAACAAUACGAGAACGCUCUUAAACUCACCCCAAAAACCCACCCAGAUCGAGCAGUGUACCACAGCAAUAAAGCCGCUUGUUUGAUGCAAAUGAAGCCCAUAGAUUACAAAACUGUGAUCUCCGAGUGCUCCAUGGCACUUCAAGUUCAGCCUCAAUAUGUUCGAGCCUUGCUUCGUAGGGCUCGAGCUUUUGAGGCUGUAGGGAAGUAUGAAAUGGCAAUGUUGGAUGUCCAAACACUCUUAGGAGCUGAACCAAAUCAUCGCGAUGCUUUGGAAAUUGCCCGAAAACUGCGGGCCCCAAUCAUUGGGGCUCGCCAGGAGGCCCAACAGGACCUCCAUAGCCGCCCUUCACCGGCGGCUUUAGGGGCUUCUGCCAUCCGUGGAGCCCCGAUUGCUGGACUCGGGCCCUGUCUGCCCGCCCGUCCAGUUCCAAAAAAGACCGGCACCACCCCUUCUGUUCCGGUCAGUGUUCCCAACAAUAAGACUUAUCCGGUCCCACCUAUUGAGAUUGACCCUGAAGUCAAAACCACCCAGAUGCCAAAUCUUGUUUUGAAGCCUUCUCAUGGUGGUUCCAAUAAACCUACUGCUAAUGGUGAUAAGGAUUCCCAAAAGGAAAAGGUUGUUUUAUCUUCAAAACUGCAAGCUUUAGAGGUUGCAAUUCAAUGGAGACCUUUGAAACUUGUGUAUGAUCAUGAUAUACGUCUCGCCCAAAUGCCAGUGAACUGUAACUUCAAAGUUUUGAGAGAGAUUGUGAGCAAAAGGUUUCCAUCUUCUAAGUCUGUUUUGAUAAAAUACAAAGAUGAUGAUGGAGAUUUGGUGACUAUAACAUGUACCCGUGAGCUCAGAUUAGCUGAAUCGAUUGCAGAUGGCCUUGUGCUUCCAGAUAAAGAACCCGAUACCGAAAAAUUCGACUUAUUUGGGGUUUUGAAAUUGCAUAUUGUCGAGGUUACCCCUGAGCAGGAGCCACCAUUGUUAGAAGAAGUAGAAGAAGAAGAAGUGGAAGAAGAAAAGCCGGUUGAGAUCGAGAGUAUUGAAGUGGAAAACAACGGGUCCCAUUCCAAUUCCGAAAGUGAACAAAAACCGGAAAAGGAAGCCGAAAAAAUACCCGAUGAUCCGGAGUUGAAAGAAGUUGAAAUGGACGAUUGGUUGUUUGAAUUCGCUCAGUUAUUCCGAACCCACGUCGGAAUCGACCCGGAUGCUCAUAUCGACUUACACGAGAUCGGAAUGGAAUUGUGUUCCGAAGCUCUGGAAGAAACCGUAACAAGUGAAGAAGCUCAAACUCUAUUCGACAAAGCGGCUUCAAAGUUCCAAGAAGUGGCGGCUUUGGCUUUUUUCAAUUGGGGAAACGUUCACAUGUGUGCGGCCCGGAAACGGAUUCCGAUCGAUGAUUCCGGGGAUCAAGAAACAGUGUCCACACGCCUUCAAGCAGCAUAUGAAUGGGUGAAAGAGAAAUACACUUUAGCAAGAGAAAAAUACGAAGAAGCAUUGAUGAUAAAACCCGAUUUUUACGAAGGGUUACUCGCGUUAGGUCAACAACAAUUUGAAAUGGCGAAACUUUAUUGGUCGUUUGUUGUUGCAAAAAAAGAUGAUUUGUCAAAGUGGGACCCGACUGAAACGAUUAAGCUUUUCGAUAGUGCUGAAGAGAAGAUGAAAUCCGCAACCGAAAUGUGGGAGAAGCUUGAAGAACAAAGAGCGAAAGAAGCUAAAGAUCCGAAUUUUAUCAGCAAGAAAGAAGAAUCUUUGAAGAAGAAGUCAAAGACUGGUGGUGAAGAAAAAGUCAACAGUGAUGAGGCGGCAGAACAGGCGGCUGUUAUGAGGUCUCAGAUACAUCUUUUUUGGGGGAAUAUGCUUUUUGAAAGAUCUCAAGUUGAGUGUAAAUUGGGUUUGACCGGUUGGAAGGAAAAUUUGGACACUGCGGUUGACCGGUUUAAGCUUGCGGGUGCAUCUGAGGUUGACAUUGCAACCGUUUUGAAGAAUCAUUGUUCCAAUGCAGAAACUGAGGACAACAAGGUGAAAGAUUUAACUUCAGAUGUUGCUGAUCAAUCUUAA